AUGGCCUGCUCUCCCAAAGGAGGUGAUGAAGUGUUUAUGCAGGAGUCAGCAGGUGCGGCCGUCUUAGCCCUGAGCGGGCUCCGCGGCUACCUGCGGGCCUCUGCUGGUGCCCGACCCUUCUCUUCGCGGACCCCGAGCCAAGCAGCGACGCCGAGCCAACAGCCCGAGCACCAGGCCAUGGCGGCCUCGCACCGGCCCAUCAAGGGGAUCCUGAAGAACAAGAUCUCCAGGACUUCCUCCACGGUGGCGACGUCCGAACAGUCCCGCGCGAGUGUCCGCGAGGAGCUGAGCAAAAUAUCCCAGAAGGGGGAUGAAAUGAACAUCCUGGAGGCCUAUCAUCCAGCAGACAAAGACUAUGGUUUAAUGAAAAUAGAUGAACCAAACACUCCUUACCAUGGUUUGAUGGGUGAUGAAGAAGACACAUGUAGUGACGCAGAAACCACUGAAACCUUGGCACCAGAUAUCUUAGCUAAGAAAUUCGCUGCAGCGCAGGGCUCGGAGCCCAAGUGCCUGGUUCAGGAACAAGACAGCAGUGGGGAGGAGGAUAGUGACCUCUCAGCUGAAGAAGGAGAAAAAAGGCGACAAUUUGAAACGAAAAGAAAGCUUCACUACAAUGAAGGACUCAAUAUCAAACUAGCUAGACAAUUAAUUUCAAAAGACCUACAUGAUGAUGAGGAAGAUGAAGAAAACAAGACUGCAGAUAGAGAAAGCAUGAAUAUGCAAGAAUCAAAUCAAGGAUCUACCGCAAGUGACCAACGACAAAACAAAUCACGAAGUUCAUAG